CGGACACGUCAUCUCCUCGCGCGGAAGGGCGGGGCCUCGCGGCAGCCAACGAAACACGUCCUCGCGGAGUUUCGAAACCGCGGGCGGGAGUGGUGCUUCUGUGUUUUCAACUGCUCGCUGGUCUCCACCAUCGUCAUGAGCGUGUCCGGGAGCUUCUUCAGCGGUCUGCGCCAGUUGGCGGUCACGCUGGAGCGGGAGACGCGGCAGCUGGAGCGGGCAUUGAAUCGGGAGGAGCGUGACUAUGAAGAUGAACCUCCAGUGAGAGUGUUACACGAUCUGCAUUGUGAAGUCAGAACUUUAAAGGGGGAUGUUAGAGCUACCCUUGAAAAGAGUUGCUGUGAAAGAGAAGAAAUGUAUGACUUCAUAAAGGCCAGCAAAGUGCUGCUGCAAAGAAAUGCAUCUGAUCUUGGAAAAAUAAGAGAACUCUUCCAGAAAUAUGGUUAUAAACCACUUGUCAGGGAUAACUCAGUGAAGGAGGAAGACAAGGAAGUUAACCAUGAAUCUGAGGUAUCUGAUCAGAAUAAUUCUGAUCAAGAAGAGAACAAGCCUGGCAUUCCUGCUUGCAUUGAAAAACCACCUGUACCUCAGGAUCCUCUACGAAGCCCACAUCUGUCAGAUUUUGGUCUUUCACAAUAUGCUUUCUCCAGAACGUGGAAUGCAAUGAACAUACAACCCCAGACAAAUAUGCAUAAAGAAGAUUCAAGAAAUAAUACAACUCCGGCCCCAAAACAGAUGCCUUAUAUGCCACCCAUAACACCCAAGUGUACAUUAAAGAUGGAUGGUUGUGAGCAUUUAACUCCAAAGCUUGAACAUUUUGGCAUUAGUGAACAUACCAUGUGUUUGAAUGAAGACUAUACAAUGACACUUAUUAAUAAAUCUCUUCAGGCAAACAAAAUGGUACCCAAGUAUAACAAUAAUGAAGUUAUUGCAGUAACAUCAAGUUCCAACAAAAUUAUGGUUAGUCCUGGGCCAACAAUGAAAAUGCCUGCUAAAAAUGCUCUUGAUUAUAUGGCUUCUCCCUUGAUGCCUACAUUCUGCACUCCUGGCUUGAAAAUUCCUUCCAAAAGAGAUGCUAUCGCUUUAUCAAAAUCCCCAGAUAGUAAAGAAUCAAUUACUUUUAAUGAUUCAUUAGUACCAACACAUCCUGGCUUUCAAACUGUCUGGCUAAAAACAGAAACUAAACAGUUAAAGCAAAGGAACAAGGCUGAGUCAGUGGGAGAGAAUGGUAUGACAAAUCAACCACCCACAGAAAAUUGUGUUCCUUCUAUUUUAAGCUCAGACAAGUAUCUUGAACAUCUUGGAGAACCCUCUCCUCCAAAAAUAUCAAACUAUGAAAGUCUUCCUAACACUCCUCCACCUCCAGAGAUAACAGAGAUACCAGAAGACAUUUUACAGAUAUUAUCAAAGUAUAAUCCAAAAGUAAACGCACCUACAGCCAAAAAAAUGGAGACCAAACCAGGAAUUACUACAAGAUUUGGAAGUAAUACCAAAGAUUAUUGCAACAAAGAGAAUAAGUUUUGAGUAGAAAGACAACAUGCUUGCAGAGUUGCCCAACAUAACAGUAUUCAAAAGGGGCCCUGUAUUAGCUGGAGAACAGUGGAUAGAUAUUUUGGCUAAUACACUUGAAACUUGGAUCUACCUGCAUACUGGAAUCAAAUUGAGCUGUGAUUUCUAAAUUUGAAGCAAAGGACCUUCAAUUUCUCACAGAUCAUCAUUCACCUUAAUCCCACAUGGUACUCUAUUGAAGAAGAGGAGUGGUGGUGAAAUCUGUGGACUGUGUUUUGGGAACCAUUGUAUUUGAGAAAAACUGGCAUUUUAAUUUAGCCAGCACUUUCUCCUGACAAACAAAGCCCUUGAUAAUAUCUUAUUUCCUUAACUGAUAAGAAUUCUCUUUAUUGAAGAUGCUAUUGAGAUAUUAAACAAGUGGCCUCUUCAGGAUGUAUAUGCAGGGGAUAUUAUGGGUAUUUCCAACCAGAUGCUUGAGGGGUGAGCUGAGGAAGGGGGGGGAGGGGUUGGUCCACAUUCAUAAAUUAUCUUGCUGAAAUUUGCAAGAGUUCAAGAAGGUGAAGGAAAGAAGAA